AUGAAAGGCACGUUGUUUCUCUUGGCUCGCCUCGUGGGUGCCGCUGUCCUGGGAUCGAUUUCACAGCUUGACAGUUGUCCUGGCUAUAAAGCUUCCAAUGUGAAGCAGUUAGGCCAGAGAUUGACCGCUGACCUUGAUCUUGCUGGAGAAGCCUGUAAUACCUAUGGCACCGAUCUUCCAAACUUGAAGCUCCUUGUAGAGGCACAAACUGAAACCCGCCUUCAUGUCAUGAUCUACGAUGCUGAUGAGGAGGUUUAUCAAGUACCAGACUCUGUUCUCCCCAGACCAGAGAGCGCAGAAGGUCAUCAAAAGGAAUCCGCACUUCGCUUCGACUUCCAAGAGAAUCCUUUCUCAUUCCGAGUCCUGCGCGAGGAGGAAGUGCUCUUCGAUACUUCUGACACCAACAUCAUCUUCCAGUCUCAGUACUUGAAUUUGCGCACUUGGCUUCCCGAUGAUCCGAACCUGUACGGUCUGGGCGAACACACUGAUUCGCUGCGUCUGCCUACCACUAACUAUGCUCGCACUAUCUGGAACCGUGACGCAUAUACCGUGCCCUCCGAUUCGAACCUUUACGGUACUCACCCUAUUUACGUUGAUCACCGUGGAGAGAAGGGCACUCAUGGGGUCUUCUUUUUGAACUCAAAUGGCAUGGACAUCAACAUUGAUAAGACUGCUGAUGGUAAACAAUACCUCGAGUAUAAUACCCUCGGCGGAGUUCUAGACUUCUACUUCAUGGCCGGUCCGACCCCCAAGGAAGUGAGCGAGCAGUACUCUGAGGUCGUUGGUCUCCCUGCUAUGCAAAGCUACUGGACCUUUGGAUAUCACAACUGCCGAUAUGGCUACCAGGAUGUCUUCGAUGUCGCCGAGGUAGUUUACAACUACAGCCGUGCUGGAAUCCCGCUCGAGACUAUGUGGACCGACAUUGACUAUAUGAGUGAUCGACGUGUAUUUACUCUAGACGACGAGCGGUUCCCUAUCGACAAGAUGCGCGAGUUAGUUUCGUAUCUUCACAAGCAUGACCAGCACUACAUUGUCAUGGUCGACCCGGCCGUCAGUAACUCUGGUAAGUGUUGUAAUUACCUGCCCCCCCUAAACUCCGCUCUAACGGUGAAUGUGUUACCAGAUAACGGUGCUUUUAAAAGAGGUCACGAGCAGGGCGUCUUCUUGCACCGUGAUAAUGAAGAGAACGAACUCUACCAAGGUAAGCUUACCAGCAGAAGUACGAUAUCCACUAUUCCUAACAGAGUAUCUCCAGGCGCCGUCUGGCCCGGCCUAACAGUCUAUCCAGACUGGUUCAACAAAGACACGCAGAGAUACUGGAACUCAGAAUUCAAGCAAUUCUUCAGCCCAAGGGAUGGCGUCGACGUCGACGGUCUAUGGAUCGACAUGAACGAAGCUUCCAAUUUCUGCCCAUACCCCUGCAAGAACCCAGCAGAGUACGCCGAGCAGAAUGACCUACCCCCAGCGCCUCCGCCGGUCCGAUCACCUCCCCGCCAUAUCCCUGGUUUCCCGGCGGAUUUCCAGCCCGGGUCUUCUUCACCUGGGUCUUCUUCGUCGGGACGGGUAAAGAGAGGUGGCGCUGCUAUCAAGGCACGUAGGGUAGGCGAGAAACGGAGCCGUGCAAAGGCAAAGAAGGUCGGCUUGUCUGGUCGAGACCUUAUUAACCCGCCUUAUCAGAUCGCAAACCAGGCUGGCUCGAUUAGCAAUAAGACUAUUGAUACUGAUAUCAUUCAUGCCGGUGAGGGUUACGCUGAGUAUGAUACGCACAAUAUCUACGGAACCAGUAAGUCUCCUGUGUUCAUUAUCGGGACUUUCCUAACACCAACCCAAGUGAUGAGCUCGGCCUCCCGCGAGGCAAUGCUGAAACGUCGGCCCAACGUGCGACCCUUUGUUAUCACGCGUAGCACCUUCGCUGGAGCAGGCUCUCAGGUCGGCCACUGGCUCGGCGACAAUUUCAGCCAAUGGGAUAAAUACCGAGUGUCAAUUCCACAAAUGCUAGCCUUCGCCUCGAUCUUCCAGAUCCCAAUGGUCGGCAGCGAUGUCUGCGGCUUUGCCGGAAAUACGACGGAAGAGCUGUGCGCGCGCUGGGCAAUGCUCGGCGGCUUCUAUCCGUUCUAUCGGAAUCACAACGAGUUCGGCACCAUACCACAGGAAUUCUACCGCUGGCCUACUGUGACAGAGGCUGCGAAGAAGAUCAUCGACAUUAGAUACCGUCUUCUUGAUUACCUCUAUACUUCUUUCCAUCGCCAGACCUUGACGGGGACUCCGUUCCUCCAGCCGCUUUUCUAUGUUUAUCCUGAGGAUAGCAAGACCUUUGGUAAUGAGCUACAGUUCUUUUACGGUGAUUCCAUCCUCGUCUCGCCUGUCUCGGAACAGGCCGCUACCUCUGUCGAUGCCUAUUUCCCUGAGGAUCUCUUCUAUGAUUGGUUUACUGGUGCUGCUGUGCAGGGCGAGGGAUCUGUGAAGACAAUUAGUGAUCUCGCUAUCACGGACAUCCCGAUUCAUAUUCGUGGUGGGAGUAUCAUCCCCCUCCGUACGGCGAGCGCUAAGACUACGACGGAUCUGCGCAAGCGCGGCUUUGAGAUUCUCAUUGCGCCUGGCGUUGAUGGAUCUGCGGAGGGUGAGUUGUAUAUUGAUGAUGGCGAGUCCAUUCGACCAGAUACCGCGGCAAACAUUCAGUUCAAGUACCAGGAUGGCAAGCUUAAGAUCCUUGGUCGGUUCGGGUAUCGUCCUAAUGUGGUUGUUGAGGCUGUUACGCUGCUUGGGCAGAAGAAUAAGCGUCGGGAUGCUGGGUAUGAUGCUCAGAGACACAGUGUUACAAAGAAGGUCCAGAUUGAGUUGACUGGGCCUGCUGAGGUGACUCUGUGA